AUGGCCGGCAAUCCAUCGACACGACGCUUACGCGAGCCUCGGCAGGCACUGCAAGUGACCAUAUCCAUUGACGACAGCUCUCGCAAUGAGCCCCAAGUAUACACCACCGGAUCCCUCAUCUCGGGGCGAGCAAUCAUCCGCAGCGACAUUGACGCAUACUGCGAAGAUGCAGAGAUCCUCCUCCUCGGCCUCGCUGGAACGAGGCUGGAGCUGACGAGACACAAGCCCACACGAGCGUUGUCGCCGUUCUUAAAAAUGUACAUGAUGACCGAGGCCGGUGACGGAGGGAUCCUGGAGCUGGAAUCGCCCUUUCCCGGGCCUAUCGCCGCCGGGGAGACCAUCUCGAUACCGUUCCGCUUCGUCGUGCCUCAGUACCUCCUCGAGGGCUCGUGUCGCCAUCCCUGCGCCAGCCACGCCGUCUGGGAGCGGCACUCCCAUCUGCCCCCGACACUCGACGGCGCAAGCGACAUAGAGGAGCACGAGUUCCUCGCCCGCGGUCGGAUACAAUACUACGUCGAGAUGCGCCUGCGAUGCUACGACGACGACGUCGGCUCCGGCGCCGGGUGCGGCAUGUCCAAAGUCGUCGCCGGGAGGCAGGUGGUAACAAUCCUCCCCGCGCUCCCGGAGCUGCCCCCCCUGCCGCUGGACUCCGUCGCCCCCGGGUCGUUCCUGCCGAGCAAGUCGGUCGUGGUCCGCAGGAACCUGGUGCAGCGAGCGGGCAGGCUCGCGGUGUCGAGCGCGCAGCCGCCGGCCAUGAUGCUCGACCCGAGCGGCCGGUCCUCGCCGUGCUCCGUCGUGCGUAUGGAUCUCGACUUCCGCCCGGGCGACUGCUCAGCCCGGCCGCCGCCGAGCCGGCUGGUCGUGUCCGGCACGGCGCUCGGCACGACGCACCUCUGCGCCGAGCCUUCGGAGCUACUCCCGGAGCUCUCGGGGGAAUUCGGCGGCGGCGGCGGCGGAAAAAGUCCAACGACGGUGCAAUAUAGCUCUACGUGCGAGCUGUUCCCGCGGACGCCGCUGAAGCCGGCCUGGCGCUGGAGCCAAGACCCUACGGAUGGUGGUGGUGGUGGUGGUGGUGGUUGUUAUCGAGCACAGCUAGAGAUGCCGCUCUUGUUGCCGGCGUGUCAGCGGAAGCCGAUCCUGCCGACGUUUUAUUCCUGUCUAAUUUCACAAACGUAUAUAUUGGAGGUCAAGAUUUCUCUGGGCUGCGCCACGUCGGAUCUCUCACUAACGCUGCCACUGCAAAUCGGGGUUUGCAGUACAGACUUUAGCCCAUCGCUCACACCGGCCACUCUGGAUUCAAGAUACUAG